AUGGGAGGGAAGCUGCGGUGGUGGCUACGAUCGUCCGUCGUCAUGGCCGUGGCUGCGGUCGUGAUAUCGGACCGGACAACCACAGACCUUCACCGAUGCGGCAGUGUACUCGGGAUCUCGUUGCUUGCCAUGGUACCGACUGACAAGGACAUCAGUCUCUGUGCCUAG